UGUCCCAGACCAGUUGUCCUUAGUGGAUUGAGGUAUUUGACGAGAUAAAUACAGAAUCAAGUACGCGUAUUCCCAGACGCUGGAUAGACUUGAGCGCGUUAAUUCAAUAAGUAAAUAGCAGAGAGAAGUUUUGCCAUGGAUAAAGAGGACUAUAGGAAGUGUGAAUCGGAAAGACAUCGAGCAACGGAUAGAAUAGCGGAAACGAGAGCCCAAUGAUUUACAUAAGUGAAUGCAUGGGUUAUAACUCCUGUUAUCAUCGACCGGCUGCAAUGGAAGGCACAUUUGACCCCCAUGUACACUAACUUUGUCUUUGCACUGCUUAUCUACUUCUUCAAUUAUGACACGGCUAGAAUGGCGCUUGAGCAAAUUGACUUGCUGUUUACUAACCCGGAUAAGGGGCCGGUGGAACUGUCCAAGGAGCUGGCGAAGGAGAAGAGGAAGCAUGGGAACAUUAGCAUUGUGGCGAACACGGGGGCUAUGAAACAUGCAGACGUGGUGGGAGAGGCAAGCCGGGAUAAGAUUGGCUUCGAGCAGGAUCAUAUCGAGAAAGGUUAGUGCUGAAGGUCAUGGAUAUGAUCAUGAUAAAUGUGUUGUAUGUUUUCAUUGAUGCUUUAGCAGUUGGAUGUACAAUGAAUUGAGUGGGUGGCACUC